AUGUCCCUAUCCGUUCCGCUCGCCGGUGCGCACCGCCCGCUCGCCGAUGAAGUGGGCCCCCGCGCCAACCUUACCGAGAUCCUGACGCCAGACCGGCCCUUCCAGACCUUCUUCAGGUACCUCAAUCAGACCAACCUCGUGGAGGUGUUCGAGAAGCAGGCCUACCGGACGCACCACGGCAUAACCAUCUUCGCCCCCGCCGACAGGGCCUUCGCCGCCGUCCACCCGUCGGUGCUGUCGGGUCUGAAGAAGCACCAGCUCAAGAACCUGAUGAUGUACCACGCGCUGGCCAAGCACUACGCGCUCAAGGAGUUCGACGGCCUGAGCCGGGUCAACCCGGUGACGACGCUCGCCGGCGGGAUGUACAUGGUGAACGUGACGUACGACGCGGGGGCCAUCCGCUUGCUGUCGAGGUGGGCCAAUGCCAAGAUCCUCGGCACCCUGUACGGGGUCGCGCCCAUGGCGGUGUACGAGAUCGACAGGGUGCUGCUCCCGGAGGCGAUCUUCAGCGCGCAGCCCCCCGUGGAGGAGACCCCGCCCGACGCAGAGCCCGCGGCGAGCGCGCCCGGCGCCAAGGGUGGCAACGCGACGACGCCUGGAGAUGAGGCGGAUGGGAAGAGCUCUGCGUGCCGGGCAGCGGGUCGGCCCACGAACUACGUGGCCACCGCCGUGGCGUUGUGCGCCGCGUCGCUGGUGGCAUUGUGA